GUCCGUACCCCGGCGAGUGACCGCGCCGCGCCGCCUCAUCCACAAACUAUUUAACGCUUCGCGCUCUCAGUUUACAAAACAAGUGCCAAGUUAAUAACGCAUAAACUUUAUUCUGUGAUUUAACUUAAAGACAUUGUUUAAUUUUAGACUUUCACUUUAAGUGUUAACAAUUUGGAAUGGACGGUAUAAGUAAAUAAAAAUAAAACUUUUUAAAAAUCUAGUGGUGAGACAUUAUCAGUGCGUGUAGCGGGUACUGGGUGAGCAGUGUCGGCGGCGAGUCGUAGUGAGUUGCGCCGGAAGAGAGUGAGGCGGCCGCCGGACGGGACAGCCGGACACCGGCAGUGUUUACUGCGCGCACGUGGCCGCGCCGCCCGCGCCCGCCGCCCGCCCGCGCCACGAAAUGCCGCGAAAAACUUUCUUGGAAAACACCGCCGUAGUAUAAGUUGUCUCGUGAGGGGAGACGACGUACCGCGACCAUGACACUAACCUGUAGCGCCUGACUCAACGAGGAUUACAUGUACGUCGAGACGAGGAGUGUUGUUUUUUUAUUAUUUUUUUUUCGUUGGAGGAGACGGUGCUCUCCGUUGGAUUGAUGAUUUAAAUGGCUAACAGCAGCGCCGUAUCGUCUACUCUGCCGUCGAGGGAGUAUCACUGCAAGGUUUGCGAUUUAUAUUUGGACACUUUCGAUUCAUUAGAAGUACAUUUGCAAUAUCAUAAAGAAAACUUGUACGUGAAAUGGGGCACACAAAAUUCACAAAAUGAUUCCGAGAACAAUAAUAGCGCAAAAGUGAAAAACGACACAACCGUGUCGGCGGCGGCCGACUCGAGCGAUAACAUGAUCACGAAGCCGAGCCCCGAGUUCCAGCAGCGCGCCACGCCGGAGACAUCGGCGCAGUUCCCGCACCCGGCCACCCCGCAGAGCUACCAUAGCGCGCCCUCGCCCUAUCAAAACCCCGAUCAGACCAACUUCUCACCGGGAGCGCAAUUCGGUAAUAAUUAUACUCAUACUGGAUUUUCACAAAAUCAACACUCCGAUCAAAUUACCUGGGAUCAAUCACAAUAUGGGCAAGAUUAUCACAAGCCCAAUAGAUUCCAUCCUUACAACAUGCAAGAGCGUGUGUCCCAAGUAUCGUCUUCGAGCCCGCUUUAUGGCCAGCCGCUGAACCAACCGACGCCGUCGCCAUCACCCAACCAGUGCGACAAGUGCGGCUUUGUGUGCGACUCGGCCGUGCAGCUGAACGAGCACUGCAACUCGGCGCACGCCGGUACCAGCGCCGCGCCCGUCCCGGCGCCCGGGCCCUUCCAACAAUUUCCUGGUAAGCAGUACAAUAACUCUGGCUACCAAAAUGAUAACACGAAGAUAAAGGAGGAACAUGAGGAGUCAUCAGACAUCCUAGACCUAGAUUCACAAAAGGUCGUCUACCAGGGCAAUGAAGGGGAGCAACCGAAUCCUUCGUAUGAAGAAGGGCCGCCGCAACCGCGGGAAUUAAAUUCGCGCAUAGUACCAAUGAUGCCAUGGGAAACACAAAAAUUAUACAGCAAUCCUCAAGUUAACGGAGAUGUAUCGCUAUUCAAAGAACAGAAAAUGUUUGGAGAACAAAAGCCAUAUCCGACAGAAGCACCUAAAAUGUUUCAUCCCGAUCAAAAAUUUCCAUACGGACAAGAUAAGUUCCUCGGCGUACAUGAUCAAAAACCUUUCAUGCAUGUCGAACAAAAAUUAUACCCUGGUGUACAAAUGCCUCCAUUAUCUGACUAUGCGGGGCAAGUCGCUUCUUCUAAUCCCGAUAUGAAACCACCGUACCGGCCGUAUGACUCACCAGCCGCACCACAAAUUACGAGCACUCAACCUGCCAAUCCAACGUCAUCGGCGUUGCCCUCUAUCGGUGGCAAAGGCGCUAACUGGAAAUCAAAUGAAGCAAGAAGACCUAAGACGUACAACUGCACAGCUUGCAACAAAUGGUUUACAAGCUCGGGGCACUUGAAGCGCCACUACAACACGACACUGCAUAAGAAUGCGGUGCGGUCGUCGGGCCAGCCGGACCCGGCGUCCAUGCCGAUCUCGAGCCACCAUCACCCGAGCCGCGAGUCGCUUCAGGCGCGCGCGCAGCAGCAGGCCGCCGACUCCAACACGCAGAGCCCCGUCCCCUCUGAGGACGGCCGGAGUAUCGACGACGCCGGGCUCCAGUCGCCCUACGCAUCGCAGAACUUUGACCGCUCUCACCGUGUCGCCGCCAUGCAGUCAAAGUCACCAUACACGCAUCUUCAACAGGGUAACUUAGAUAAUAAUUUCAGUAAUAAUCCUUUAGCUAAUCACCCUUUGCAGCACCAAGCCGGUUCGCAUCCGCUAAAUAUAGGUAGUCAACCGCCAGGCAUAGGGAAUCCUAACGAUAGUAACCAUCAGGGCCCAAAAGGUGUACCAAUAUCAACGGCGGGGAAUCCCCCAAACGGGGAAGCAGGUCCCUCUGUUUCUCAAAAUCACCAUAUGAGGGGCCUGCUAUCAGUGUCAACCAGCAAUAUUUCAACUCCGGUUCUAACUCAGAGUACCCCGGCGCUUACUCCGCACACGCUGCCGCCGUUCAGUCAUUUGGGUGUCAACCCGUACAAUCCGAGAUCUACGGAUCCUUUGGGGCCUUCGGUUCCGGACCCCACGCACACCCCAUUAUAUUUGGGUCAGAAUUUUCAGCAGACUAUAGCACCGAGUUACCCAAACGGGAUGGCCCCCCACGUUAUGGAUAUGGCUACCAACAAUCUGCCUAUAGCCAGUCCGGCUACUUUUGGUGAAUCAUCACCGGAAGGUGUCGAAGUUAUGGAACACGAAACGUCAAACCAGCCUGCCGGCGGACGCUUGCCGAGCUUCUCGCAGCUCCAAACGCAGAGCUUUAGCGUUUAUGUUUCUAACUAUAUAACACAACCUAACGUGGGGGGUCAAGUGGUCGCCGACGACUCCAGCGCCGGCUACAUCAUCGUCGAUCCGGUCCACUCUCCCUUGCAGUAUAAUAAUAUUGAUAUAGGUGGACAGACGAUAGAUUACGAUUAUUCGUUUUCCCCUAGAUCAGUCAAGGACAACGUAGUUACCUAUAAUACUGAACCCAUUAAAAAUUAUCCUUAUUAUUAUGCGGUAGAAGGGAAAACUAUUAAACGCGAAGACGAAAUGUUACGGACUGAUUCUAGCGAGCUUCAAAUAUUGAAAAUCGAAGAUAUAAUGGACUAUGCGAACAAGGAGAAUUACGCGACUCAAAUGAAGUCCCCGGCGAGCCCAGAGAGCGCGAAGGCGGAAAAUGAGAGCCGGCGCUCACCUGCCGUCACCUCCACCGUUGCCACGCCGCUCUCUGAACGCAACCACCUCAAGAAGGCGGUGCCCACCACCGUGCACAAGUGCUACGAGUGCGAUAAGGUGUUUAACAAGGCGUGCUACCUCACGCAGCACAAUAAGACCUUCCACUCUGGUGCUAAGCCGUUCAAGUGCAAGCGGUGCGGCAAACGGUUCUCCGACGAUGUCUCCUAUGAGGAGCACUACGUCAAACACGCUGACAAUAAACCGUUCAAAUGUAACGAGUGCCCAAAGUCGUUCAAUCACAAGACCGACCUACGCCGGCACAUGUGCUUGCACUCGGGUUGCAAGCCGUUCGCGUGUGACCACUGUGGCAAGGGGUUCAUAAGGAAAGACCACAUGGUCAAGCACUGCGAUACACAUAUUAAGAAGAACAUGCGCUCGCCGACGUCGUCGUCGGUGUCGUCGACGUCCCCCACGUCCACGUCUUAAGCAGUCGCCUGUGACGUCACUGGCGACUCUGUUAGGCGUUGCCAAAAACACAUAUCAUUUCAAAUUUACUGACACAUAAAAGUCGCAAUAAUAAUGUUACUUUGUUUUUUCUUAAGUUUGUAGAUGAAAAUAUUCAUUCGGGGCGUUUUGUUAGAAGGUUAUGUCCUUAGAUUCCUUAUAGGGCAGCGCGCGGCGCAAUCCGGCGCAUGCGAUUAGUUGGCCAGUUCGAUUUUUUGUUGUUCAUUCAAUCUAACCUUGUCUUCGACACAAGGUGACUUUAUACUCGUGUAUGUCUGGCCGCUAAACGUAUAAUUACAUGACGCUGGAGUAAUAUACAGCGAUAUAUUUAGACCAAAUCAUAUCAUUCUACAUAUUGAUGAAAUAAUCAGAUUAUGCCGGAGACGUGAACUGUAUUCAGUCACAACGACAUGGUUAACGUUUACAUUACUUACAUAUCUUAUUUUUAAUGAAAUUUAUUGACCGUAGAAGACUUUGUUUUAGUUGAUAUAUACUAUGUCCUGCGUACAAUUGUUGAUGUUAAAGAACGCUAUGUGUGUAUUUUGAAAAAUGAUUAGAGUAAUUUUUGUAAAUAAUGAAAUUGGGACUUGAUUGCCAGACAUUUAUUUUAAGUAGUUAUUGCGGAUAAUACUGAUUAUUUAGUCUUUGAAUAUUUCGCCGGAGAAAUAUUUAAGUCCUAAUAUAAUAUACAAAUUGACCGGUACAAAUUGAAACAAAUGAGAGAUAAUAAUAUUUCAUAUUAUAUGCCAAAAAAGCUUGAUCAAUUUAUACAUAAUCAUUAUAGUACCUAUGUAGUAGUAGGUAGCGUAUAUACCUUUCGAGGUGGGGGUAGCCUGCGCAGGCGCCUUGUAAUUGAUCAGAACUGUGAAUUUCAGUUGUUUAUUAAUUAGGUUUUGUGAUUGUAGCGGCUUCGGGCCGCCGAGACAGGCGCGCGCGCCGCUUUCGCGCGCGGCUUCGUUCUCGUUGUAUUUCUCUUUAUUGUACUUAUAUUAUUGAUAUGAUUUCCGGUGCUUCCUAUUCAUUAUUUCGUCUGUUGACAUUUGUUUUAAUAUAAGCUAGUUAACUUUUUUGUUUAGAUUCUGAUUUUCUCGUAAAAUUAACUAAUUUAUGUCCAAUUUAAGUUACCAAUAUGUUAUUUGAUCGAAUUUAGUUAUACAUUCCUGUUUCGUUAGUGGUAGGAAAGUAGUCUUCCUGAACGUUGCCAAAUUAAUUCCGCCAACUGUCUGUUGCGAAACGAUUUAAUUUUUAAUGAUUCUUUAGCCUAAUGAUAAUGAAAUUCUCUAGCAAUAAUUUAAAAUAAUAAUGUAAAUGUUUUUUGUAUAGUAUUAAAAUGAAUAUGACAAUUAUUGAUUUAAGUUCUAAAAAAAACCUUAAGAGAAUCGUAAAUCUUUGUAUAUAUUACAUGGGGAAACUGACGAACUCACAGUAUGAUGGGACAUAUCAAGGCCAUAUGCGCACCAUGUCAGGAACAUAGCGUACGAUGACCGGCCGGUGCGCCGCACGCGUAUAGCGCGCCGCGACACGCGGCCGGCGCCCGCGCCGCUUGUUUCUUGACAUGCUUUAGAACGAAUCCAUAUCAUUGGUCGAUUCGCAGAAUUAGUACCGAAUAUUUAUUUGAGUAUCAUGAAGUAAAUGUGCAAUAUGAACAUUUUAUCGACUUAAUUUUGAUAAUGUUUGUAUUUGAAUGUUAAUUAUAUUGCAGAAAUAUUUUUAUACAAAUAGAAUUACACUUACAAUGUUGAUCUACCUCAUCAGCUAAUAAUAUAAUUGCCAUAUGUAUGUAUUCACAUUUAAAUGUACACUAUAGGAAUAUUUGAUCGUUUCGUAUGUUACGAGAGAAAGCAAUAACAAUUGGACCGAAAUGGCCUACCUCUUUUAAGAUACGAAUUAAUUUAUAUAAUGUACUUACUGAUUGUACACUGUAUAUGACGUGGUACGUUUCUGAAGUGAGGUCUAUUGCCCGAACUCUUUUUGGGAAGGUAGAACCACAACGUAUCUGCGGCGUGGUCCGCGGUCGAGCUUGCGUUAUUCGUCUCGGCCUGCCGAGGCAACAGGCCUCAAACAUGAAACGUACACACGAGCAAUAUUUUCACAUUUUAAAUGUCUUUACACAGAAAUUGUAGAUUAUACUGACUGUUUAUCAAAGUACAAGAUUAAAUGUUAUACUUGUUGAGAGAAUUUUGGAUAACAGAAGUAUAUCUUCAUAGCAAUAAUGUAACAAUGAAACAAUAUAUGAAACUGAACUACCUCAAGUAACGAGUAAUAGGGUUAGAUCGUGUUGUGAUGAGAGUGCAGGCCGCGCCGGCCGCGCCGCUCGCCGCCGCUGGAACAGAAUACCUCAUCUUGCCUUCAUAUUUUAGUUAUUGAGUAGAAGAUUCACGUAGCGCGACGGCGGCGCCGUGCAGACUCAGCGCGCGCCGCGGCCUGCCUGCUGGUACAUAUUAUACAUAUUAGCAGAUAUAUUUUGUCUCUCUUCAUACUGUUAAAACACACACUCGUAGUAUCAGGUAGAUAUUUUAAUGUAAAUAUAACGAUAAAUUUGUUAUUUAACAUAUUCUAUUAUCGUAUUCAUCGAUAGACUUAUUUUGAAAUAAGUUUAACGUAGUGAUUUCAAGGUUAUAACAAUAGACGAUAAGGGAUAUAAAAUGUAAGAUUUUUGUGAUGAUUAUAAUAUUUGUGUAUAAUUGUGUUAAUUUAAUAAUCAGUUACCAGAUCAUUUCUGUUAAAUUGAGUUGAGUAAAAUUGGGAGAGUUAAUACGAUAAGAUGUUGUUUUUUUUAUAUUGUUCCCUCGUCCAAUCGUGUUGAUACAUCUGUAGCAGACACAAAGAUUGCGUGCGGUUUAUGAUUUACUGGGACAUUUGUUUACUGUAGGUGUAGCACAAAUUAAACCACUGUUAGUAGGCUGUGCGCAGGCGGCGAUGCUUUGUUUGCGCCGGCGUCGUCCGCAGGCUCGCUGCUUGCGGCGGACCACCACGCCACAAAGCAUGGCCGCCCGCGCCACCUUACUCCUGUAAUAGAGUAAGUCUUUAAAAUAGAGUACUAUAGUUAAGGCGACAGAUCUGUCACACCGCUCACCGCUACGGCGAAUGAUAAGUUAUGAUUGUGAUACCCGCUAUGCGCUGCGAUGUCUUCAUGUGUGACCAUUGUUUGUCAUCUACGAAUAUAUCAUAACUCUAAUCACAUUUAUAUCAUAAUUAGAAUUCAUAUUUUAAUAUUCUUACAGAACAAUGUUAUUUGGAGCGCACAUGAAAACAUCGCGAGUUAUGUGCGAAAACUUUGUUUCUAUAUUAUCUGCCAUGCGAAUGUUUCCUGGGUCUUUGUCAAGGUUUGACUAAACUUUGUAAAUUUUGUCAUCGAUUUGGGAUAUUAUAUUAUUGUGUACUUAAACGUUAUGUUGACGAGUCCUGUGUGAGGCAGCACUGAAGGAGCCGGAGAUGUAUUAGUUUAUUCCAUGUAUUGCUGUAGCCAUUGUGAUUGUUUCAGGUCUGUUUAAUAUAAAUUUAAUGUGA